UCUCGUAAUAUUGCUGUUAUAUAAACAAUAAAUGACAUUGAAUAGCAAAGGGAUACAUUUUUAUAGAAGCAAACACAUACACAUAUUAACAAAAUUACUGUUGAUAGUUGUGGAAGAGGAAAUAUGGGUACAGCCGGAGUAAUAACAACUGCAAACCCUAGCGGCAGUAGUCACUCAGCUCUUCUGCAAAAGCAAAUGUCAUUCAAAACGUCCGUUGGUGCCAAUCAAUUAUCAAAAACUGAUGAAAUAGAAGUUAUUGAAAGUGGGCACAAUGAUACCUCAUCAGCACGCUACAACAAGAACACUGCACUCGGUUGGAUAUGUUGUGCACCAUGCAUUUGGCUACGGACUUCAGCUACCGUUCACAAAAUAGCGAUUACUACAGCAACGUUGUUAGUCACUUCUUUGCUUGUUGCAUCACCGAUAUUGUUUUUAAUAAGCACUGCACCAUCACAACUGCCACGAGAUUGUUAUACGGAUGAUGAAGAUUGUAUGCCAACAGCAGCUCCACCUCCUGAGUGCUUGGAUCCUGUAUGUAAAAUAGCAGCAUCAAGUAUACAUGUAAAACUCAAUUGGAAUUUCGAUCCUUGUGUUGAUUUCAAAAAUUUUAGCUGCUCGCCUGGUUCAAAAAUUGACGGAUUAGCCAGCCUCCGAGCUAUUCGCAGUGCACAGGAAUCGGUUGACUUGCAAAUGCAACAACUAUUGCAGCACAAUACAACUUCUGGACCAUUUCGAAAAUUAGGUCGUUUAUUUGGCAGCUGCUUAAGACAAAAUACAAAUUCAUCAACGAUUCGAUUAGUUUUGGAGCAAUUAGGAGGCUACUUGCCGAUUGGAGCACUCGGACCAUCUAGUGUAUCUCAGCUUAUAUCAAAAAUUUACGAGUUAGGUCCAACUCCUCUAGUCGACAUAUAUUACGAUUUAAGUUAUGGUAAACGACCACACGUUUUACUGAUCAUAAGCGGACCCAGUACAACAUCGCCCAUUCUAGAAAGCAAAAUACGCUGGAUGGGACCUAAGGCUCCACCAUAUCGAGUGAAACAAGGAGUUCCAAAGCUUUUAAAUGAUUUACUUGACAGCUUUUUGCCAAGCGGUCUAACUCAGGAACAGAAAUUUUCAGAGAAUGAGGCAAUUUCAACAUUUAUUAAGGAAUUAAAUAAAAUUCGAGUUGAACAUUCUCGUCGGGGCUUUUGGGACAGUUCAGUACUAUACAAUAUAUCAUCCCUGCAAGAAAUGUAUCCAAUAUUGAACUGGACGUCACUUAUUCCAAGCAACUGGAGCGGACCUAUAGUUGUAAGAAGUUCAGAUUAUCUAAAGGCUGUGGAGGAAUUGUUAACGAAAUAUCCAACUCGUGUAGCCCACAACUCGAUACUGGUGUUGUUUGCACUGGGUAUUCUGCCUCAUGGCCACCCUGAUCCAUUAGUAUGUACACGAGCUACUAUGUGGGCUCUACCUGAUAUAACAUCUGCAUUAUUUAUAGCUCAACAUUCAUCGGAUGAUAUUAGGGACGUUAUAAGACGAACUGAGGUUAUAUUUAAAUCGUUAAAAGCACACUUGAAACGUGCUCCAUCUCUUAAAGGUGCUGCUCUUGUAAAACUAUCUGCUUUGAAAAUACAAUCUGAGACUUGGAGUGGAUUUUCAAAUAUAACAGCGAUGAUAAAAAUUUUAGAAUCGAUGGAAAUAACGUCCGAUAAUUGGUUUGAAAAUGUUUUGAAGAUCUACCAGCGAAAUAAGGCAGUGCCAGAUGUUAUCGAUAUGAACAUGGAUUCCCAUGAUGCAUGGGCGUAUCCUAUAGUUGCCAAAAUAUUCUAUGACACAUUGAGUCAUUCCAUAGUUGUGCCGCUAUCGGUAAUUCUUGUUCCGUACUUUGAUGGAAGACUGCCGCCUUACUUGCAGUACGCUUCAGUUGGCGUUGCUGUAGCUAAAGAGAUAUUACGGUCGAUAACUAAAGCUUUUGAAGAUAAGGCGAUGCGAUGCGUUCCUAAAUCUGUGAAUAUAUUUUCCAACUAUAGUCGGAUGGACAUAUUAAUACAUUCGGGUGGAAUGCAAAUAUCAUACCAUUCAAUGCUUUCAUUAACAGGCCCAAUAAAAGGGAUGGCUAGACUACCGGGACUAAAUUUAACACCUACACAGAUAUUCUUUCUCGUAUCUGCACAAGAGCUGUGUGCCGAAUCAGACUAUACCGGUAUUGAUACAGAUGCACCUGAAUUUGAACACAUUUUGGGAUGGUUGGUAGCGCAAGGCGGAAGUGCAACAGACGUGUUUAAAUGUCCCUCUGGAUCUAUGAUAAAUGCUCAAAAAACGUGUAAUGUAUUGUAAAUUCAAAUAUUAGCUGUUAAGUCCCUAUAUUAAUAAUUGUAGUGAUAAUUAACAAAGUUCCGUUUUAUUUUAUGAAUCCUAUUGUUAAAUAAACAACCUACAUACAUAUAUCGUAAGUAAU